AUGGCGCCAAAAGAAACCAGGAAGUUGGUCGUCGUGACUCAGUUUUUGUUCCGUCUUUGACGCCGAUUGGCUUGAUGCUGUCAGCCCCUUUCCUUGCGAGCCUUCCGCUUGCCGGGAUGAAGUUGUGCUUCGGUUUGAUUGGCUCCACGCUAGUUGGAAGGAGGUUCUGAGUUGGACGCGCGCAAAGAAAUCAACAAAGAGACGAAGGUAGGGAUGUUACUCGUGGCCUGUCUCUCUAAUAACACCGUUCUGAGUGUGAAAGUGCAUAGAACACUCCCUAGUGUGCAUAUUCCUUCGUGCAUGUGAUAUGAGGAGCCGAGCCCUUUGGUUUUACUACACACGCAGCGGAUGAGGUUACAGAAACUUGAGGUGGUAGAAUGUACCAUACCAGUUCAGGCUACGGAUGAAGGAUCCGCAUUUCUCCCCUAUUGGGGAGCUGGGAGCUUCCUGCAGAUAGAAAACUAGCACAACAAGGGAGUGACCCGUGUAGAACUUUUCUCUCUGAUGUGUUAAAUUUUGUACUUUCAAAGAGUUUUGCAUAGGAGAUAUAGAUAGAUAGAUAGAUAGAUAGAUAGAUAGAUAUCUAAAGUGAUGCAAUCUAUUACAGAAACUCAGGAUUCAUUAUCUGUCUAUUCUUGUAUAUGUAGACUACAUCUAUUAAGGAGUAAUAAAGGCAGGCCUCUUAUAUCACUCUUCAGUUGCCCUAUAGUUCUGUCUAUCCAUAUUGUCAGCAUUUAUAUUCAUAGUUCUUAUUCACAUCUUGCCACCUUGAUGGAAUACAGGGUACUGUAUACAGUAUAGAGUGUUGCACAUAUUGCUAAUUUUGGAUCUGGAGAUGAUGAUGAGAAAUAUAAUUUGACAGUGGUACAUUUUUUUUCUAGGCUGGCAAUGAGCAAACUCCAGUUGGCAACACGCAGCAAGCUAGGAAUACAAAGGAACACUGGGAAACAACAGAAAUUGCUGAAAAAAUGUGAAGGAAAUACCACACUAUGCAAAGGUGCUUGAGUUACAAAAAUAUUUUUUUCAUCAGUGUAGGAUGAAAGAAAAUUGAAAAUAAUUGUUUGAACCUCUUUUCAGGAUCACUUAUUUUGUGGUAACAGCUAUUGAACUCCCCUCAACUUUUUAGCUGGCUAUGCAUUCAAAGACUGAAUCAGAAGCUGAAGUUACAAAUAUCUCAGAUUUAAUGCAUCAUUGAUUCCACAAACUGGCUUUGGGAUAGAUGGAGUUUUCCUUAUGAAGGAAUUAGAAAAUGUUUAGCGUUGCUUGGCCAACAACACAAAACCUGAAAAUUUGUACCUUCCUUGCCUCCGUUCUUGUAACAUUCUUCGACCCAAAUUUAUUUGGUGACUUUUUAAAAAAAAAGAAAUUUAAUUGAAACUUGUAGAGUCAGAAAAGUAUUCUGUUUUAGAAUAGUGUGACAUAAGCAGACACGGUGCUUGUUGUCUAGUUUGCCAUCAUAGGGGCUCAUCUUCCUGCUUUGAAUUUGUGUGAUACAGGGAUGUGGAACAUCCAGGCUGGGGUCUAAUAUGAUCCUCCAAGAAUCUCUAUCUAGCCCAUAGGACCCUCCCCAGGCCACACAGCCUCCAGAGCCCCGCUGCUCAUUAGCCCUGCUUUGCAUCCUCCUUAACUGUUUUUGCUGGCUAGAAUGUGUCCUUGAACUCUGAAAAUGCUUCUUGCUUGAGUUAGAUGGAACAUAGAGAAUAAUGUGUGAGUGUGUAAAAAAAGUAGCCCACUACACAAAAGUAAAAAUCCACAUUCAUUGCUCUCUACCCACAUUUGUCUCCAGCCCUCCUCACCAUUGGCAUGUGGCCCCAAGAAGGUCACUCAGAAGGGAAUGUGGCCCUUGGGCUGAAAAAGGUUUACCCAGCCCUGGAAGAAUGACAUGGACAAAGGAGAUAUCUGCUGAGGACUUCUGUUUCUGAGGUUAACAGAAAGAGCAGAUCUUUGGGAAAUAUUUGUAGAGGGGUAUGCCAGUAGGACUGCUGUUCUUCAGCUGUCUAUCAAAUACGUAUUCCCCUCUGGCCCAGCACAGGUUUAUCAACUGCCGUGUAUAUUUGUACAACCCGAUAGAAAUUGCCACUGCAAAAAUUGUAACUGGCCUCUCUUUGUUGCAGGAGUUCCCAGCCAACAGUCUCCAUUCCACACCUUCAGCAAUGCAGCUGAAAUCAAAGAGUUUCGGAAGAGGCUGCUCACCUGGUACAACAAAUGCAAACGAGAUCUUCCUUGGAGGAAAUUGGUAUGGCAUAUUGUGCUGGGCUUCUAGGAUGCACAGAAAUAUCUCAGAAGAGAGAGACAAUUGCUUUGCUGUGUCCUGUUCCCUAAAGUCCCCUGUUCACUUUUCUACAGGCUGCAAGUGAAGAGGAUGCUGACAGACGAGCAUAUGCUGGUGAGAGCAAGAACACUCAGGAAUUCUGCUGGGGAUUCCUGCCAUCUAUCUGCAUUCAGGGGUGCUCUAGAGAUAAAUGCCGCAGGCUGCACACAACACUGUCCUAGUGGUAGCAGCAAUGUGGUGGUAUCAGUUUUACUGCUGAGAAAAAUACUUUGAAUUGUGGCUCCUUAGUCCAAUUAAGGACAUUGGUGUUCUGCGUUGCUAGAGAUCCCCUAGUCAGAUCAUGGCACUUGACUUUUGGCAGCAGUGUAAUAUUUAAGGGGCAAGAUAGAACUGCAUGCAGAACUAGUUAUCUCCAGCUAAACAGUCCCCCUGGGAUAUAAAAAGGUUGCUUAACCUCUUACAAUUGCCUUUAAAGUACCGUAUUUUUCGCCCUAAAGGACGCACUUUUUCCCCUCCAAAAAUGAAGGGGAAAUGUUUGUGCGUCCUAUGGGGCGAAUGAGGCUUUCGCUGAAGCCUGGAGCGCGAGAGGGGUCGGUGCGGAGGGGAGGAAGCUAUCCGCAAGCCUUGCAAGCCCGGCGGGAGUUCCCACCAUCCCGCUGUCCCCCGACCUGGUUUGGAGGCUGGCGGCGGGGAGAAGCCCGCUUCUCCCUUCCGCCAGCCCCACAAGCUCAGGGGACAGCGGGGAGGCGCAGCGUGCCAUCCUGCUGUUCCCCGACCUGGUUUGGGCUUCAGGCAGAUAUCCGCAAGCCGUGGGAGCCCGGCGGGAAGUCAUGCCAGUCUCCCAAGGCUUGCGGAGAGCUGCCUGUUCGGGGGGCUGGGGUUGGGGGAAGCUUCCCCCGCGCCUGGGGGGGAAAUAAUUUUCCCCCCUUUAUUCCCCCCCCCAAAAAAACCUAGGUGCGUCCUAUGGGCCGGUGUGCCCUAUGGGACGAAAAAUAUGGUAUAUUGAGCAGCACAUCCCCUCCCACUUGCCAUGCAGAACAAGGAAGGUAUCAGAAUGCCUGAUGCACCUGCUUUCUCCUUGUGCCUGCAGUGUGGGUAUCAGAGAUAAUGCUCCAGCAGACCCAGGUGGCUUCAGUGAUCAACUACUACAGUCGCUGGAUGCAGGUGAUGCUGAGAUCCUUUUCUCUCUGUGGCAUGCUCUGUUGUGCAUUAGCUCCUGAAUUCUGGAUCUUGGAUCCAUUGUGCUUUGGAGACCUUGUAAACAAGUCCCUGUUUUCCUUUUUGAUACAGAAAUGGCCAACCUUGCAGGACCUGGCUCAGGCUUCACUAGAGGUAAGAAUGAGAAUGCAAUAUUUUGUGUGUGUUCAUGCAUGAAUAUUUGAAUGGAACAUGCAGCUUUGCUCUCCACCCCACUUUAAAAAAAGGAUUUAAAUACAUUUCUUUUUUAAAUACAGAAAUACCCAGAAAAUCCACAAAAAUGAAAUAGCAAAAAAAAUACACUAAGCGAAAGCAUUCAUUAUUGAUCUGGUCUAAUAUAUUUUUUCUAACUCUUUCUAUUUGGAAAUAGGAGGUGAAUGAGCUAUGGGCAGGGCUUGGCUACUAUUCCCGAGGGAAGCGACUCCAGGAAGGUGCACAUAAGGUACUCUAUAGGCAGUGGGUCAAGACACAAGGCAUUUUUGCAAGAAGAUAGUUCCCUUUAUGUCCUGUGCUUACAGAAAGAAAGAUUUUUUAAUAGCCACUUAGGAAAGAACCAGGUGCAAAAUAACUAGCUACUGUAGCUAUUGUACUAACUACAGUGGUGCCCCGCAAGACGAAUGCUUCGCAAGACGAAAAACUCACUAGACGAAAGGGUUUUGCGUUUUUUGAGUCGUUCCGCAAGACGAAUUUCCCUAUGGGCUUGCUUUGCAAGAUGAAACGUCUUGCGAGUUCUUGCGAGUUUGUUUCCUUUUUCUUAAAGCCGCUAAGCCGUUAAUAGCCGCUAAGCCACUAAUAGCCGCUGCCGCUAUAGCAUGCUCAAGACAAAAAAACCGCAAGACGAAGAGACUCGCGGAAUGGAUUAAUUUCGUCUUGCGAGGCACCACUGUAGUCUAAUUGGGAGUUCAGGUAGGAAUAGCAAAGUGUUAUUAGAUGGCAAGGUGGGAACCCCAAAUGGUUUACUCUUGAGCUGAGUAGCUUCCUAAAACUGAGGGCAUAGUUUGUAGGAAAUGUAUAUCCAAAAUCCCCUAAUGUUUGUAUCCCACCCUUCCUCCAAGAGGCAAUGGGCAGUAUUUUCGUCUCAUUAUAUCUUAUCACCAGAAAGGUCACCUUCUUCUUAAUGAGCUGCUCAGGUUGUGCUAUAGAAACACGGAGCUCUGAUACUGCUUCAGUCACUGAACCCUAUAUAGUGGCAGCAAGGCCAUCCCAGUUGUUAGCCCCAUCUGCAAUGGCAAGUGCUUCUUCAGUGAAAGCCAACCUACUCCUAUUGCAAUAGAGCAGGGGGCUAGGAAGGUUCUGCAAUAGCUUCUUCCAAGGAGAGCAGUGCCACAUCCUCUGGCUGGAGGAACACUGCCCUCACAGGCUCAUCAGAUAGAAGUACUUCCAGGGCUGACCCUGCAUUCCCUUUCCCCUCCUGCUUCAGAGUCCUCAACCUCAUCCCCUGAAGAAGGGGAAUCUGACUCCAGGAUCAUGACACCUUAAAGGCAUGUUGGAAGUUUUAACGGUGUGUCUAAGAACCACCAGAGGGGAUGCUUUUGAGUGACAAUGUCCCUGUGUUGCUUCAACUGGGUUUAUUUUGCAGUUGGUGUCACAGAUGGAAGGACAUAUGCCCAGGACAGCAGAAGAGCUGCAGAAGCAGUUGCCAGGAGUUGGAAAGUACACUGCAGGAGCUAUUGCAUCCAUAGCGUUUGGUCAGGUAAUGAGGUUGCAGUCUGAGUGGGCAGAUUUGCUUUAGGAAUAUGCACAAAGGAAUAUUACCCAACCUGGCUUUGGGCUUCUGAGUCCUUAGUCAAUCUAGGGGGCUAGACAUUUCUUAUCUCCUUUCCCUUUGCAGCUGUUGUUCACUCCUGUGUUUCCCUUGAUGCCCCUAAAAACAGUGAAUUGGCUACUAAUUCCCUCACUGUUAGCGCUAGAACAAGUAGGAACAACUAGGAAGAUCUCAGCCAAGGAAGUGGUGUGUAAUUUAGAUUUCUGCUCUGUAUGGAAUGAUUUCAUAACCUGUAUAAAUGAAAAGAAAGAGUAUCAAUACCUUUCUAACCCUGUGACUGGAAGAAAGACUAAAUUGUGGCUAGUCUUGGUCAUCAGUCCUAAAGAGUAACUUCCUUUUGUACAAUACAAACACAAACCAUACAGAGGUGGUAUCUGGCAAGAGAAACAAAUAUUAAUACAGAAUUUAAUACGGUCACUAGACAUUACUAGCUAAGCCACUAAACAAUGACUUGUACCUCUGUGCACUCUACUUCAAACCAAAGACUUCCUGAACCAUACUUGAUAUAUUAACCACUACGUAAUCUCAACUUUCCAUGGAUUCACAGAGUGAAUUUGAUGCAGGCAGAGGGCCCUCUUUGGCCUGGUUGGGCUCUUCAGUAGCUCUGUCAGCAGCCCUUAAUAGAGGCUGGAGCACAAGUUGUCACAAGUACAGUAACGGCUGGGUUGCUGUUUUGUCCAAUGCAUCCAGGUGACCGGUGUGGUGGAUGGGAACGUAAUUCGGGUCUUGUGCCGUACACGAGCCAUUGGUGCUGACCCUGCCAAUGCAUCUGUUGCUGACAGACUCUGGUAAGGGAAGGAAUGGGGUUGGGAUGAUGCAAGCAUAGUUUUAGGACCUGAGAGUCAGGAAAGGACAAUAGCUUUUGGAAAAUAAAAGUAUUUUGUUCCUUCUUCCCCAUCAGAUAUCCAAACUGGAGACAACACAUCCUGGCAAAAUCUAAACUGUUCACAGCCAGUCUCUAAUUGCAUAUAGUGAACUUGCAGUUGGUCUCCUCUUGCUGGUAGUGGCCCUACGCACACAUAUGAGUUUGAACUCUUAAGGUCAAAAAGAUAGUGAAUUAGCAGUUGAAUCAGCAAACCAGGAGCUGUACACACACCCAGAGAAGUUGGGGUGAAUAAUUCAGUCCUUCACAUGUAAGAAAGUUCCAUUCAAAUCAAUGGUAGUCCUAACUAAAUGUUUGUUGGCUCAAGAGGAAGAGCUAGGUGCUGUGGAGACUGACAGAGGGCAGAGAAUUUAGAAAUGCUGCUCUUCAUCUUUGGAAACUCCCCAUUACUGAUUGCUGAGCUUUUACAGAAUGCUGGUUUCUAAAGCCCCCUCUAAAAUUAGGGAGUAGGUAGCCACCUCCCUAAGAAAUGCUUCCCUACAGCACAGAGCGACAGCUGGCAGCCCCAGGGCAGUUUUUGUGCAAAACUAGCACCUCUCUCUGUCUCUUUUUUUCACUCUCAGCUCUCCCAUCAAUGCGGUUGUAGGUCGAGAAAGCUCAGGAGUUGUUCUUUUUUGAGGCUGCUGCUUUAGAAAGACUUGUUAUGCUUGCUAAUGUAGGCUGCUGUCGUUCUUAGGGCUUUAGCACACACUCUGGUGGACCCAUCCUAUCCCGGUGACUUUAACCAAGCGAUGAUGGAAUUGGGGGCAACUGUGUGCACUCCCAAGGCCCCACGGUGCAUGGAGUGUCCCGUGAAGCAGCACUGCAGAGCACACCACAAAGUAAGGGAGCUCCUCCUCUAUACCCUUUGCUGUUUCCCAUGCUCUGGUGUUUUGCUGUGGAGUCAGAUUAUUAUUAUCUGUUGGGAAAGAAGAGCCAUUUCCUGCAAAGCUCCCUGAAAAACUUAACACUCCUUGUACACGUACCACACAGACAUUGUAUGGGGGUUCUGCAUGUCUACCUGCAUGUCUGCUCAGAAAUACUUUCUUCAGUGGUGCUUACUCCCUAGUAAGUGUGUUUAGGAAUGCUGCCAUGCACAUAAAUUCCCUCGGAGUUCGUUCAGUUUCAUAUGGUUGGAUUUCUUCCUAAGCAGAAAUACAGUCUAACAAAGCCACCUAUUGAUGCUUCGUUAUAAUGUCUUCAGUUAAUCAUAUUCUAAAUUGUGGAUCCUUCCUAAUUCCUUUCACAUAACAAGGCCCACUUCAUCUCUUUUUUAAAAUGUUGCAUAUACAACACAGAUGUGUAUCCUAUUCUGUCCUUGGGUUUGGUCUCAACUUUGGAAUCAUGGCUAAUGUCAGCAUAUAGCUUGAUGUUAAGACUGAGGACAUGGGAGUUCUAGAAGAAGCCACAAGUACUUGCACAGUCCCCCCACCUCUCUGUUCACUGAUAGUUGGAACCUUUUCCUGCAGGUGGAAAAAGAGCAGGCAGCCUCUGCCAAGAAACUGUUAGGAAAACCUGCUUCUAAGUGCCCCCAGGUGCUGGAUGUAGAAGAAUGUGGUAAGCGCAUGAGAAGACCUGGCAUUACCAGGUUGGUGGUUUGGAGUUUUUACAAGGUGGGAAAGCUCUCAGAUCUCCACCUCCAGCAAAUCUCUACCUUCUCUUCCCAAUUCCACCAGCAGCCCUUCUUUAUUCAGGGUAGUAGAUGCAAGAAGAAGGGGGAAGAACCACAGCCAUCUUCUGUAGCCAGCAAAUUAAGGGCACUCCCCACCAAAAAACCAAACAUACUAAAUCCAGAUCCGUUUUUAAGGAGCAAACAUGUGGCCUUUUUAUUUGAGCAGGCUUUUGCGAUGGUUUAUGAGAGUGUUGUGAUGAAUGGUUUUUGAUGAGGUCUACAUAAAAAUAAUCAUUAAAAUGCAAGCAAACAAACCCACACUUAAUACAGUGGUACCUCAGGUUACAUACGCUUCAGGUUACCAUACGCUUCAGGUUACAUACUCCGCUAACCCAGAAAUAGUGCUUCAGGUUAAGAACUUUGCUUCAGGAUGAGAACAGAAAUCGUGGGGGCCACCAGGGGGCGCAUUGGAAGAUGGCCGACAAUAACAUCUCUCCGACCCACACGAGGUAAUUAAGAGGCUGCUAUGGGAGUAUGUAGCCUCCCUUGCCCCCCCAAGGGGAUGGGGGGGCUGCCUUGCCAGCUGUGUCCAUAAUUCACCCCCGGAUUUGAAAGAAGGAGGUGUGGACACUUGGCACGAAGCCCUCGAGUGAGAUUGGCUCUCCCUGACGCUGUCUCCAAUCAGUGCACUGGUUCUCAUUAGCUCGAAAUAUAUAAUUGGAAAUAUAUAAUUGGAAAGAAGCUAAUGCACAUACAUCAAGUGAAGAUCGGGAGUAAAGACUGCUGAUUAAUGGGAUCUCUGGGAGCAGAGCGACGGGUUGGAUAAAUAAAUCAAGUGAAGAAUCAUCAUUAAAAGACUGGUAUGUCGGAGUGAAACGGAAAGGGGGGGAGGAAAAAACUUUUCUUUUUUUGCCUUAUGUGAGUACCAAUAACCCCUCCCCUCCAGAGAGAAGAAUUGUUGUGAUUAUUAAUCACAAGCAGGAGACUAAGAACUGUGUGGGAAUGAAUUACUGAUUAAAGAGAGAACUGGUGGAAACAUCGGGGAAUGGAAGGAAAGUUUUAUGACUCAGCAAUAAAUGGAAUCUCGUGAAGACAGGCUUGCCUAAGGAGGACGAGGGGGAGGAGGACCAGGGUCAUUGGAAUGUGAAUGUAUAGUUAUCGGAACGUUAUCUUGACCUGGCAGGGCCCUCUGAGAUAUAAAUUGGCAAGCCUGUAAAUCAACGGACGGACUGUGGGAAUGUUUUUAACGGAGGUGUGGAAAUGGCGUCUGUCCUUUAUGUGAUAUGAUUUUUGGAGAGUGUAAAACCCACACAGGAGAUGUUUGUCUUUCACCCGCUUGUGAAGAUUAUCAGAGAUCACAAAGAAAGGAAUAUAUGAUAACAACAAGAAGAUGAAGAAAAUAACAAAAAGACUAUCUGGACAGAACUGGAUAGAACUGUUUAAUCAAAGCAGCAGCAAGAGUGAUGUUUGGACCCCUUUCGGAGCUUGAAGUAUGGGUACCCCCAACAAAAAUUUAAAAAAUUUGGCUGUAUAAUUUGGAAUUAAUGUGAUUUGGAAUUAAUGUGAUUUGAUUGGCCUGUUAAUAAAAAUUAUUUUUUUUAAAAAAGAGAGAACAGAAAUCGUGCUCCGGUGGCACAGCGGCAGUGGGAGGCCCCAUUAGCUAAAGUGCUUCAGGCUAAGAACAGUUUCAGGUUAAGAACGGACCUCCAGAACGAAUUAAGUACUUAACCUGAGGUACCACUGUAUGUUGAUUGCAUUUUAAUUAUCAAUCUGAUGGAUUUUAUGCUUGUAUUUGUAUGCUGCCUUACGUUUAUGGCAAAUGCAUGGCAAAAAUUCAUUUUUAAACAUGUCUGUCCCUAAAAGCUCUCUGGUAGAGAAGCAGAGGAGCACUGGAUCCUUCCUCUGAAGUAUCUUAUUUCCCCUGCAGGUAAUUUUUGUACCAUAGUUGCUCUCUGCUUCUGGUAAUCUAUUGUUUGAAUUGUGUAGGUUUAUCUAUGAGAACCUAGUAAAUGACUACACAUUGAUCUCUUUCACACGUGUGAUUGCAUAGAGUCUACAGAUAGAUCAGAGGCGGGAAACAUUUUCACCCCAAGUGCUACGUUCUGUAACGGGUAACAGAAACGACUCUAUCCUUCAGCCAGGCAAGCAAAAUGUAUUAUCACAGUUCAGGGAACAUUCCUGCCAGGCUGAGACACUUGAGGAGGCCAUGAGAGGCAUGGCCUGUGGAGAGUUCCAAGGGUCCAAUAGAGAAACUUGGAUGACUGGAGGUUUCCCACCCUGGUAUAGAGCUAUUGACUAGACUGGCUCAAAUUCAGUUUAGGUGUGCAGUUCAUGCUGCAUUGAGGAAUAUAUUUAUUUAUUUGCAGUGAGAUUAGAAGUUUCUUGUUUGGUUGUGAAUUGACAUUUGUCAGCUUUGCCACCAUGGAAUGGGCAGCAUUGGUUUAACUCUGGCUUCAUUAGCAAGCCAGGCCUUCCUGUCCUAGAACAUGCCACCUCCAGCAAAUAUGCUUUGCAGACAGUUGCCUGUUGCCCACAGUUCAGAGCCAGGCAUCUCAUCUGUUUCAUUCUUCUGAUUUGUAGCUGCUGCCACCACAGGGAGCUGCUCCCUCUGCCUGCCUCCUUCAGAGCCAUGGGAUCCCAGCCUUGGUGUGACCAACUUCCCCAGGAAAACUGCCAAGAAGCAGCCCAGGAUCGAGUGCACAGCCACAUGUGUGCUACAGAGAAAGUGCAGUGAUGGGAAACCAGAGUACCUUAUUGUGCAGAGACCUAGCACAGGUAAUGGUCUGAGAAAGGGAGGCUUACCAUGCCUGGAAAAUCUGUUGUUACAUCUCCAGCUCCUGUACCCCACCCACGUCAGUGAUCAUUCCAAUUUUAUGUUGAGGCACGUUUAUGACUUUGAGCUAGUGGUUGCAGAAAACAGAUGCCUGCAAGAUGGGUCAAGUUUAUCUGCCAGUCCAUUCCAGGCUGCUAUACUAGGUGCCAGGCAAAAACGUUUCAAUAUAACCAGGCCUUUGGCUGAUUAAGGUUCUAUGGUCUUUAAAAUGUGAUUGUGGGAGGGAGGGUUAUUGGUUUGUUUUUGUUUAUUAUGUAUCUUGUGUUCUCAUUUUGUAUUUUUAUGUUGUGAACCACCCUGUGGUUUUCAGAUGAAGGGUGGUAUACACAUUUAAUAAAUAGAUAGAUACCCUGGGCACCCAGACCUGUCUCUGUUAUUGAGCAUUUUUUCAGCUGUUGAAAAAUUCAUGCCACAGUUGAAGUAAAAGAAAACCAGCUGAAUUAUUUAAGGCAUUACUUUCACCUGCACUAGUCAAGGGAGAGAGCACUCAGCCCUGACGUAGGCAUGUACCUUAGGAGCACUGCUCGUUUACUAUGGAAGCAGUGUUUUCUAAAUACAUGUCUGAUAGAUGGUUAUGUUUAAAAUAUUAUAUUGACAACACAGUAUUUAUUUAGAGCAUUUCCUUGGUGUUUUGUGUACAUUAUCCCAGGAAUCUCUGCGACAGCCUUAUUAAGUAGAUGCAUAUUAUCCCAGGUUUUUAGAUAUGGCUGAGAAUAUGUAACUUUGCCAGAGGAUACCAAAUUUUAUGUCCAAGAUGAUUUUUUGAACCAGGGAUUUCUAGCUCAUAACUCAGGCUCUUAACUACGAUACAAUAUCAGCUUGUGCUGGUGACGGUACAUUUUCUUGCAGGUUUGUUGGCAGGGCUUUGGGAGUUUCCAAGCCUCCUCCUUGAGUCAGGGCAGGAGAAGUGGCAGAAAGCAGCGCUGGCAGAUCACCUCCAAGCCUGGGUUGGUAGUAACGUGGCAACAAGACGCCUGCAGCAUGUUGGAGAGGUACAUUGGACCCCCCUCCCUGCAGAAUUGGCCCAUUGUUUAUACAGUGUCUCUCCAGCAAGUACCUCCCCUCUCGCCGCCACCUCCCCUUGCAUGGGAUUUACAACCUACAACCUGGGUGGCAUUAGCAUCAGAAUCUCUGUUGCUAUUAAGUGCCGAACAAAACCUUCAGGAUGUGUGCCAUGCAUGAAGCUGGUUUGAUGGGGAAGACAGUUGUUCUGUUUUGUAACUGACAGAUGGAAAGUUUUGCAGUUAAAUACCUGGCAAUGAAAUUACUGCCCCCAUGAAUAUCUGGAACAGUAUUUGUCAGGGUUGAAUUAAAUCUCACUUCCAGCCAUUCAGUCCUCAGAUUAUUUUUAGAUUAUCACUCAGAUUAUGCCAUAGGUGGGAGAGAUCAUCAUGUCUUGCUAGUCAGCUACUUCCCGUCUUAAGCUUGGCAGCCCCAAGUGCUGGCCCCCCACUGCCUGCCUGCUUCAAUGGUUGCUUGGAGCUCAGAGUAUCACUUGACAAGUGGAGUGAACUACUUGACCCCCAAAGGCGCACUCCUCCAUUAUCUCCCGAGACAGACGGAUGCCAACAGGCUACAUUCCAGCCAAACAGAAGUCAGGUUUUAAUAUACAUACACACACAUACUUUCAUCCAGGCAGGCCAGGAGCAUUAUUGCACUUCAAGGCCACAUUCCAGCCAGGCAAAAACACUUGGAGGAGUAUGACUGGGGAGGGGUGUGGAUGGGAAGGAGGCACAACCUAGUGUGAGUCUCAGCGACUGGGAAGAGAAGCCUGGAGAACUGCAGUCUGCCUCCAGGCCUGCGCCCCUGUCCUAGUUCUAGAGCACAGUCUCUGCUUUCUUCCCUGUCUUCACUCCCACAGACAAGUAGGUUAUGUACCUGCAGCUCCUUGUCCUGAAACAAUGAAGGUUGGGAAGGAGAAGCUCCCUGGUCUCCAUGCAAAGCCCAGCCUCCCUCUAUGAGGCUGCAGCUGGGUUUCUUCCUUCCCAAGGAACUUGUCCUUCUUACCUGCCAGAAGGUAGGGAGGGAAGGGAUGCUGUGACAUAACGGCAUCUCUCACCUUCCCUAACCACAUCUACAUAUCUUCAAAUCCUUCACCAGGUUCUCCAUAUCUUCUCCCACAUCCGCCAAACAUACGUGAUCUACUCUUUGAAUCUGGAUCAAGAUGAAGGAAACUGGGAUGUGGAGCUGGAGCUGCCGGCAUCCCGGUGGGUGACCGAAACAGAAUUCCACAACUCUGCCAUCUCCACAGCCAUGAAGAAGGUACUGAGAAUCUAGAGCUUGGUUGCUUCAAGUUUCCCAAUGGACCCACAUGUCAAUUUCUCCUGAGAGAUGCAGGUGAUGCAACAGCAUGGAAUGUUAGCCCCAGCUUCUGGGGAAAUGCAAACGUUAACUGCAGCUGGAAGUAUGACUGAACAUAGCUUUCUAGCAAGGGAUACACUUGGUCCACUUUUAGCUGCUUCUCUUGUUAUGUGUGCUCUGUCUCCUCUUUCACACUGUCCCUGUGUUUCUGGCUCAAGCAAUCAGUGGUUCCAGGGGGCAGCUGAUACGUUAAAAACGCCUUUGUACGUAAACAGUUGCAACCUGCCCCCUCAUAUGGAGUCAACACCAUGUAUUCAUUAUGGUGCUAGAUGUGUUAUGUGGACUGUCCUACUUUUCCAGGUCUUGAAAGCUUAUGAAAAGUGGAGCCCUACAAUCAGUACUGCCAAGGUAAGGACAUCCAUUUGCUAGAGCUGAACAGCUCUUACCUCUCUCUGCAGCUCCAAUCAUGUUCCUAGAAUUAUUAUUAUUAUUUAUUCCCCGCCCAUCUGGCUGGGUUUCCCCAGCCACUCUGGGUGGCUUACAGCAUAUCUAAAAACAUAAUAAAAACAUCAAGUGUUAGAAACCUCCCAAUACAGGGCUGCCUUCAGAUGUCUAAAAGUUUUGUACUUCUUUAUCUUCUUGACAUAUGAAGGGAGGGCGUUCCACAGGGAACAGCAUCUCGCCCCUCUGUCUACUGAGCUCCAUCACUGGUCCUGCAUGUUGGGAGCCACCAGUUUGAGGCUUGCCAACUGCACAUCCUUCCAACCACGCUGGGUGGGUCCUGCUGGUUUGUCUCCACCCUUCUUACCAAUGUUAGGCCUAUAAGCAAGGGGAUGGGAUUUAGAGGUGGCCGCAGUGCUUUCUCCGUCAAAUGCAUAUGCAUGUGUGACUGUACAGAUUGUCAAGAGGAAACGGGACUCCCUACACACCAGCCAGACCCUGCAUGAAGAAGGUAGUUUUUCCAAGAGGCAACUUUCUCUGGAUUCAUUUCUUGCAACAAAUCCCGGGGACUGA